UGUAAGGAAGUUUAGCGUGACAUUUACGGAAAGUGAAUUAGGCAAACGACUUUUGCAGGAAGUUUAAUAGUGCUGUUUAAUAGACCUCGGGAUUUGAUUUAUUAAUUUAAGUUUUGGACUUGAAACUAAAAGACUGAACAUGACGGUGUUCCGGAGAUUUGCUUUAGGAGUUUGUUCGUUUUCCCGAAGUCGUGCUCAACUAAACCGGGUCUUCUCAGCUCGUCAGUGCUCACAACCUGACCACAUUAGUGUUUCUGCCAAGAAUAAACUGUUCAUUCGAGGGUUUAGCGCUGUGUCAAACCCAGACGCUGCUGAAGUAGAUAUAAGUCGCCUGGAAGGUGAAGACCAGGGCAUUGUGGAAGUUCUAAUGUGUCGGGAACGGGCACGGAACUCUCUGGGUCGUGUGUUUGUGUCUCAGAUGCGAGAGUUGGUGUCAGGUCUGCAUCAUGACGCGGCUGUUCGUGUGGUGAUCUUUAGAAGUCUGGUGCCUGGAGUCUUUUGUGCAGGUGCUGAUCUAAAGGAGAGAGCACAGAUGGGCAAUUCUGAGGCUGAGCAGUUUGUUCUUGGACUUCGGUCACUAAUGAAUGAAAUAGCGGCAUUGCCCAUGCCAACUAUCGCUGCAGUGGACGGCUUUGCUCUAGGUGGUGGGCUAGAGCUGGCACUGGCGUGUGACCUCCGUACAGCGGCAUAUACUGCGCAGAUGGGUCUGAUCGAGACCACGCGGGGACUCCUUCCAGGGGCGGGAGGCAGUCAGCGUUUGCCACGGGCAGUGGGAUUUGCUGUGGCGAAGGAGCUGAUCUUUACUGGGCGGCGUGUUGGAGGGGAGCAGGCUGUACACCUGGGAUUAGUGAAUCGUGCCGUCCCACAAAACCAGAGCAGAGAUGCAGCUUAUAGAGAUGCUCUAAGCCUGGCCAAGGAAAUCCUCCCUCAGGCUCCGUUCGCAGUCAGGAUGGCCAAGGAAGCCAUGAACCGAGGAAUAGAGGUGGACAUCGCUUCAGGAAUGGCCAUCGAGGGCAUGUGCUAUGCUCGGGUUAUUCCAACACAAGACAGGCGAGAAGGAAUGGCAGCUUUUAUAGAGAAAAGGCAGCCCAGAUACACUGGAGAGUAAAGACACAUCUAGCACAGACAUUCGAAAGUGCUAUUUUGUAAUUCCAGCCUUAUUAGAUCAUUAUUUUUACUUCAUACUUUCGAAUAACAUAUACAUAUUGGCAAUAUACUGGUUUUUAAAGUUAGGAAUAAAAGAUUUGCAGUGUACUGUUCUAGGAAACCCAUCAACAGCAAGGUAGUGUGUUUAUGUGACUAUCAUAAUUAGUUUUCCAGGAAACCAAAGUGACUGACCUUGCAGCUAGGACAGUAUAAAAGAUUAAUCAAUUCCUUUUGAACAACAUAAAGAAUUAAAUGAGAUUUAAGUUAUUAACAAUGUUAUCUGAUUUUCAAUCAGGAUUUAGGAAAAAUCAUAGUACAACUACAGUCCCUUUAAAAGUAAUUAAUGAUAAUAUUGAAUCUUUGGACAACAUGCAACAUUGAGCAGCCCUGUGUAUUGACUUGUGUAAGGUUUUUGAUACUGUGGAUCAUGUAAUAAUCAAGCAAAUACUCAUUAAUACAG